UUGUGCUGCUGCUGCUGCUGCCGCCGCCGUCGCCGCCGUCCGGGCCGAGUGACAAAGGAAGGAAGGAAGGAAGCGUAGAGGAGCCGGCCCCGCAGCCGCUGACAGGGCUCUGGGCUGGGGGCAAAACGCGGACACUUCCUGAACGGGCACCGACAGAAGCGAGGGGCGGGAGGGCGGCCGCGCUGGUGCCGCGGACGGGGGAGGGGACCCCGAGGGACGGAAGCGGUUGCCGGGUUCCCAUGUCCCCGGCGUAUGGGGAGCAGUCGAGGAGCCGCUGCCUGGGGUCUGAAGGGAGCUGCCUUCGCCACCACCGCCGCCGCCAUGGCCGCUGGAUCCAGCCGCCGCCUGCAGCUGCUCCUGGCGCAAUGAGGAGAGGAGCCGCCGCCACCGCCCGUCUCUGACUGACUCGCGACUCCGCCGCCCUCCAGUUCGCCGGGCCCCCGCCGUCAGCCCGCCGGAUCCCGCCGCUGCCGGAGUCGCAGCGUUUCCCGACGCAUCUCCGAGCCACCCCCUCCCUCUCCCUCCCUCCUUCCCAUCCCCCCCUUCUUUUCAAGCGUGAGACUCGUGAUCCUUCCGCCGCUUCCCUUCUUCAUUGACUCGGAAAAAAAAUCCCCGAGGAAAAUAUAAUAUUCAAAGUGCUUAUUUUCAAUCAAGUAUUUGCCCCCAUUUCACGUGAUAUAUUUUUUUAGGCGUCCCCCUUUUCCUCCCCUCCAAGAAAAGGGAGGGGGAAAACUGUAUUUUUUUCCUAGCCCCAAAUCAUCUAUGUGUUAAAUAUCCAUACAGCUCUGUCUUGAAGGAGAACUAUAUAUCGCUCGGCUUUUUUUUUUUUUUUUUAUAGUUAUACAGAAAGGAGUGAAAAGCCAAGAGGACGAAGUCUUUUUUUCUUUUUCUUGUGGGAGAACUUAAUGCUGCAUUUAUCGUUAACCUAACACUCCAAUAUAAAACAAAAGGAAGAAGAGGAGGAAGGAAGGAAAAGAAGGUGAUUCGGAAAGAGAGUGAUCAUGUCAGGGCGGCCCAGAACCACCUCCUUUGCGGAGAGCUGCAAGCCAGUGCAGCAGCCCUCGGCUUUUGGCAGCAUGAAAGUUAGCAGAGAUAAGGAUGGCAGCAAGGUGACCACAGUGGUGGCAACUCCUGGGCAGGGUCCAGACAGGCCACAAGAAGUCAGCUAUACAGACACUAAAGUAAUUGGAAAUGGGUCAUUUGGUGUGGUAUAUCAAGCUAAACUUUGUGAUUCAGGAGAACUGGUUGCCAUCAAGAAAGUAUUGCAGGACAAGAGAUUUAAGAAUCGUGAACUUCAAAUCAUGAGAAAGUUAGAUCACUGUAACAUAGUCCGAUUGCGCUACUUCUUCUACUCAAGUGGUGAGAAGAAAGAUGAGGUCUAUCUUAAUCUGGUGCUGGACUAUGUUCCGGAAACAGUAUACAGAGUUGCCAGACAGUAUAGUCGAGCCAAACAGACACUCCCUGUGAUCUAUGUCAAGUUAUAUAUGUAUCAGCUAUUUCGAAGUUUAGCCUAUAUCCACUCCUUUGGAAUCUGCCAUCGGGAUAUUAAACCACAGAACCUCUUGUUGGAUCCUGAUACAGCUGUCUUAAAACUCUGUGACUUUGGAAGUGCAAAGCAGCUGGUCCGAGGAGAACCCAAUGUUUCGUAUAUCUGUUCUCGGUACUAUAGGGCACCAGAGUUGAUCUUUGGAGCCACUGAUUAUACCUCUAGUAUAGAUGUAUGGUCUGCAGGCUGUGUGUUGGCUGAGCUGUUGCUAGGACAGCCAAUAUUUCCAGGGGACAGUGGUGUGGAUCAAUUGGUGGAAAUUAUCAAGGUCCUGGGCACACCAACAAGGGAGCAAAUUAGAGAAAUGAAUCCAAACUACACAGAAUUCAAAUUCCCUCAAAUAAAGGCACAUCCUUGGACUAAGGAUUCGUCAGGAACAGGACAUUUCACCUCAGGAGUGCGGGUCUUCAGACCCCGAACUCCACCAGAAGCAAUUGCACUGUGUAGCCGUCUCCUGGAAUAUACACCAACUGCCCGAUUGACACCACUGGAAGCUUGUGCACAUUCAUUUUUUGAUGAAUUACGGGACCCAAACGUCAAACUACCUAAUGGGCGAGACACACCUGCACUCUUCAAUUUCACCACUCAAGAACUGUCAAGUAAUCCACCUCUAGCUACCGCCCUUAUUCCUCCGCAUGCGAGGAUUCCAAUAGCUGCUUCAACCCCUACAAAUGCCACAGCAGCCUCAGAUGCUAAUGCUGGAGACCGUGGACAGACCAAUAAUGCCGCUUCUGCAUCAGCUUCCAACUCCACCUGAACAAUCCCGAGCAGCCAGCUGCACAGGAAAAACCACCAGUUACUUGAGUGUCACUCAGCAACACUGGUCACGUUUGGAAAGAAAAUUAAAAAGAGAAAAAGAAACCUAUUCAUUUUAGUGUUCAAUUUUUUUAUUAUUAUUGUUGUUCUUAUUUAACCUUGUAAAAUAUCUAUAAAUACAAACCAAUUUCAUUGUAUUCUCACUUUGAGGGAGAUCCAGGGGGUGGGGUGGGCUUCUGGGGGUGGGGGGAAGUGGAGCACUAGAACACACAAUCUCUCCCAUGACAAUCCUUUUUUAUCAGAAAUCUGCUGUUGUAUACUUUAAAAACAGGACUCCUGCCUCAUGCCCCUUCCACAAAAGAAGAAAACUUUGUUCUGUGCUGAAGUUUCUUUUGAAGUUUGUUUUCUUUUACAGUCAAGUUUAAGACUUCAGUAUAGUGCACAGCUUGAAAUUGGUUGGGAGCUUAGAAGGUGUAACUCUUGUAAAUGGGGACUUAAGUGUCACUUGUAAAAUUAAUCCAUAUCCUCUGGUAUUUGAAGACUUGCCUUUGGCAUGUUGGUGGCAGGUGUGGCAGACAAAAAAAGGAAAUGUAAACCCAGGGUAGUCAAUAAAGUUUGAAGCCGUAAGGGGAAGAUUGUUAACUGACUGAAGGUUUUGCUUUGUUCUUAUUGAGUGCUGGUGGUGAAGAAACUUCUGUUGGAGGCUAUCAGAAAAGGAGCCUGCAUGCGCCACAGGUGAAUCUCUGCCUGACCAAAGGUUUUCUGUUUGUGCAGUUUCAAACUAGUGACCUAGGAGAAAACCGAAAAGGGUGAUGAGCUGGCCACUCUGGCUGCAGAGAUCAAAAGCUGGUGAGCCUGGAGGAAGGGGACAGGCCAGGAGCAGAUCUCACUGUGAAUGAAUUUGUCCAGAUUUUUUCUAAAAUUACUUCCCUUGGAAAGAUACACUUGAGAGGACAUUAUAGUUAAAUAAUGUGAAUUGUAACAGUCUACUGGUUUAUUUUUCAUAUUUUUAAUUGCAAUUUGAGCUUGCAGAAAUUGCCACAUUCUGCACAUAGUUCUAAUUUUAAAUCCAAAUCUAGAAUCUAUUUAAUUUUAGCUUUUCUUAAUAACCUCAUGCUUUUUAAAUUUUAUUUAUUGAUGCAUGUCAGAAAAACCAUUACAAAUAUUUUAGAUGGUAGGAAUAUUAAAAACUACACAUCAAAAUUAUAUAAACAGUCACUUGUACCUGCUGACUUUGUAGGAAAGCUGAUUAUAUAAAUGUGUGUAUAUAUGUUAUAUAUACAUAGACUCAAUACUGCCUUUGUGUGUGUGUGUGUGUGUGUGUGUGUGUGUCCACAGUAUCAAAAUUGGCUGGUUGAAGCAUGAGAAGAAUGUCGUGUCCUCUUCCCCUUUUGUCCCGCCCCUCUCCCCUUAGUAGUUUUGAUUUCUAUUUUCUUUGUGUAUCAGUGAACAGUGUAAGAAUCAGUCUUUGUUUCUGAUGAAAAAGCAAUAUUCCUUGGAAAGCAAGGAGGAUUGAAGGAUUAUGUUUGCAGUGAGGAAAUAGAUUUUCACAACUAGUUUGUUUUAUACUUUUAAGGUUGACAUCUAUGUGGGCCUUAUAUACUCUAAAAUGAACCUUAGUCACCUUGGUGCUUAUGGGCCAUUACUUGACCUAUGAAUUUUUAAGGCACAAUCAGUUGUAUUUUACAUGUAAAGAUCAUUUGUGAUGGCCGCCUUUCCCUCCUACCUGCUCCCUCCUUACAUACCUUCUAAGGUUAGCUGAUAACCAUAGGGCUGCAGAGCAAAGCCCUUGAUUGUGUAUGACUUCCUUCACCUUCAUUGCCACCUAAGUAAGGUCUUGUUAGGGGUCUCCCUCCUACGGAUUUGGGUUGGAGUCUCUUAGCCUCAUCAAGGUCCCAGCGCCCUGUCCUGCUUCCUAACCACGUGUGUGUGACUCUCUAAGAGAGUUACUGCCUGCUGAAGUGAACCAGUACCCAGAAAGGCAACUGUGAGCCAUCUUAGUUUUCACUCUGUUCAGCUGAGCUCUUGGGGCAUAAGAAGGGUUUCUCAAACCUCUGCUUACAUCAGAGUUCAUGAGGAAGAAAACACACUCAGUCAAACCAGAUCAAAUGGAAAUUUUCAUAAUGAACUUCUGAGCUCUAAGGUUUGAAAGAAGUGUGAAAUCAGAGGAUUCAGCAGCAUAGUUUUAGUUCAGUUUUGAUAGACCAUUUUCAAAAAUAAAAUAUGUAAAGACGCUGAACCAGCGGGUCUGUGACAGACAUAGACCUGCUCCCAUACCCAGUUACCCAGUCACAUAUUUGCACACAAGACACUACUCUGGUCUGGACUUGGUAUACUUGCUAGAGUCCAUAAAUGUAUGUGCUUGUUUAGGAAACACCUCCCCCAUCCCACCCCCACAAAUGAAGAGAAAAGUGAAAUGCUUUUCUUUCAUUUUAGUGUGUGUGUGUGUGUGAGGGCUGAGGUGUAUGAUUUUUCUUUCUCAAGGAUCAUGGCGGAAUCACAGAACUCUUUUAUACAAGUGAGAUCCAGGUCUCUGAAUAUCUUUUUGUAAAUAAUAAUAAAUAAUAAUAAAAAGCUCCUCACCAAAUUCAAGCUUGUACAUUAUAUUUUCUUUCAGUGUUUUUAAAUUUAAGUUUUAUUGUUUUGUAUGUAAAUAUGUGGACCCAGGAACUGUUAUUAAUGAGCAAAAAGUUACUGUUCAGGGCAGUGAUUCUGUUUAAUAAUCAGACAAAAUGUAGACGAGCUUUUUAAAGCCAUAUAGUUUUAACUCUGUACAGUAGGUACCGGCCUGUAUUAUUGUAACAAUAACUCUAGCAAUGUAUAGUGUAUCUAUAGUUUGGAGUGCCUUCGCUUCCAUGUGUUUGGUUUUGGGUUUUUUUGUUUGUUUUUAUUUAAUUGGUUUCUCUAUCCAUGUCUCCCUGUCCCACCUUGGUCCCUUUGAAAUAAUAGCUCGCUCAUAACACAGUGUCCUUGCCCCUUCCACACUUAAGAUUCAGUGACACCAUGCUUAGGAGUGGAAAGAGGAAAGAAACCAUGUUCAUGAUCUCAUUCAAGCCCUGCCUUUGUUUUGGUUGUGAACAUCUGUUUGCUCCUCAGUAGCAGUGACCGGUUUCAUUUCAUAGUCCAUCCAGGGACCUAGUGUAGUGCCAGGGGGCCCUAGAGCUGGAGGAUAUCAAUCAAAUAGAUUAGCUUUAGCUCGUCUCUUCCCCAAACCUUAACCUUGGGUCUUUCAAACAGCAGAUCCCAGGACCCUUCCACACUCUCUCCUCUUGCCUAUUUCCCUCCCAAAUGAGAGAGAGAGAAUUGGUUUGUGAAGUCAAAGCUUCUUAAUAGUAUCAAGUUUUGAUGUGUCAGUGGUCUAAAAUGCCAUAGUGCAGUUCUGGCAGUUACUGCGUGGAGCCCGGCUGUGCCGGAGGACUUGUUUGAGCAAGGGAAGUCUUAGCCUGUUCUCUCCCUCCCAUCACCACCUCUGUCCCCCAUUUAGUAAAAUGUCAUUUUAUUUUUUAAUCAGUUUAAUUCAUACUGUGUGCCCAUCCUGAAGGCCUUUUUUGAAGGAAAAAAAAUCAAAAUUACUUGCCUCCAAGUCUUGAGUAGAAAGAAACGUUACCAAACCAAAGGUUGCUACUUUUGAAACAUCGUGUUCAUUACAGUAAGGCAGAGACUGCACUACUUUUCAGUGACAUGUCAUCUUAAGUCCUUUUCAUUUUUGGACACAUUUUUUGGUUUGUGUUUUAACAAAGCCUGUCUAACCAGUCAUCUUGUCUGCACCAAUGCAAAGGUUUCUGAGAGGACUGUUGUAUUUUCUACCCCUGUGUUUAUAGACACUGGCCUUUUCAUUUCUUUUCCCUUUCCUUUUCAAAGGAUUUAACUUUGGAUUCUUCCAAAGGAAGUUUGGCCAAUGCCAUAUCCCCAGAAGUUUGGGGUUUUUUCUUUCUUGUAAACCAAAAUUGUAUCUGAUUCCUGUUGUUCAUGUUAGUGAUCAUCUAAUCACAGAGCUGAACUUUUCUCCCCUGGUCUAGAAACUAAGCAUGUUUUACAGUAAAAAUCACAAUCUGGUAGAAACCUGAGCCACUGAAAAUAAGAGACAAGUAGAAGCACAGUAGAGUCCCAGAUUAAGGUCUGUGAGAGGCUUUGAAAGUAAUCCCCUGGGUUUGGAUUAUUUUCACAGGGGUUAUGACAUUUUAUUCAAGUUUGUUGCUCCGUUUUGCACCUCUGCAAUAAAGGCAAAUGACAACCAGUACAUAAGGGGUUAGCUUGACAAAGUAGACUUCCUUGUGUUAACUUUUAAGUUUUUUUUUUUUCUUACUAUAUCUGUCUACAGGCAGAUACAGAUAGAUGUAUGAAAAUGUGCUUGCCUGUAAAAUUUGCAUUUAUAAAUGUGUUGCCGAUGGAUCAUUUGGGCCUGUACACCUAUCAGUUAGCGUGACCACUUCCAUCUUAAAACAAACCUAAAAAUCAAAAUUUAUUAUAUAUAUAUAUAUAUAUAUAAAGGACUGUGGGUUGUAUACAAACUAUUGCAAACACUUGUGCAAAUCUGUCUUGAUAAUAAAGGAAAAGCAAAAUCUGUAUAACAUUAUUACUACUUGAAUGCCUCUGUGACUGAUUUUUUUUUUCAUUUUAAAUAUAAACUUUUGUGAAAAGUAUGCUCAAUGUUUUUUUUUCCCCCCCCUUACCCCAUUCCCUUGUAAAUACAUUUUGUUCUAUGUGACUUGGUUUGGAAAUAGUUAACUGGUACUGUAAUUUGCAUUAAAUAAAAUGUAGGUUAGCCUGGAAAUGAAAUUAAAA